AAAGAGCUACAAAUCAAAUACAUUUACAAUAACAAAAUUAUCGGCUCCGCGCAGUAAUUCAACUGCGUAAAUGUUUCUCUUCUGCAGCGCGUCGCAUGUGAGAUGAUGACCUCUUACGUUUCCGGUUCGUGGUUCGACAAGUCAAACCACGAAGCGCCCGCCUUCGCUCGCGGCUCCUCGGCGUCCGAGUCGCCUAGUUGUUUCUUCGGUCCGCUUGAGCACCGGAGCGGCUCGAUCAGGGGACCGUCAGCGUGGAGCUCGAGGCCCGCGGAAGGCACAGGCUCGGGUCGGUCGGGUAGCGCUGGAGCGGGGCCGCCCAUAGCGUCUCCAAAAUUCCAAAAUCUGGGCGCCCUGAAUCGCGGAAUUCGCCUGGAAGAUCACAGCGGAAGGAAAAGCGCGACGGAGAGCGAAGCGGGAGCUUCCCGAUCCGUUCCGGCAACGCGCGAAGCUCGUCAGGCGCCACUAAGCGCGCAACAGCCUCAGAUUUACCCCUGGAUGACUAAACUGCACAUGAGCCACGAAUCGGAUGGGAAACGUCCUCGGACGAGUUACACCAGAUACCAAACCCUGGAACUGGAGAAAGAGUUCCAUUUCAACCGCUAUCUCACGCGGCGGAGGCGCCUCGAGAUUGCUCACAGCCUGUGUCUGAACGAAAGGCAGAUCAAAAUCUGGUUUCAGAACCGUCGUAUGAAGUGGAAGAAGGAUUCCAAGCUCAAAGUCAAACAGCAGUUCUAAGCCUCGUCUCCAGUGACCCACACGCGAUAUUAGAUGUGGUUUCUCUUCUUUUUUUUGGUGGUCAUGUAUUAUGUUUAAAUUGUGGACCAUUGAAGGUGAACUAAUAUAUUAAUACACGAAUGUACAUAUGUACAAAAUCACUUUGUCUUUUUAGACUCAUUUGCUGAAGACUCAACAUCUUUGCAUCUGUUAUGACGAUAAUUCAGCUGGCCACUUCACUGCGACUUUGUUGUUUUGUUUGAUUCUGUGUUCCGUGCCUGUGACUGCGUGUCAGGAAGUUCAGUGGUUUUUGUAAGACACUGAUCAUGUUUGCUGUACGUCUGGUUGAAAUGUUGAAAUUAAACGUUUGAGAAGUCUUUAGCACAAAAGA